AUGCUGCAGCACCGCCCCCCCCUGCUGCUGUUGCUGCUGCUGCGUUGCUGCAUUUGGCUCUUCCUCCUCUUAGCGGCAGCAGCAGCGGCAACUGAUGCAGCAGACGCUGCUGCUGCUGCUGCUGCUGCUGCUGCUGCAGGCGGGAUUCCGUUGGAGGGUCUUGCUCCUGGGGAUCGUCCCCAGGAACGUCUCCCGAUCCCUGUCACCCCACAGGUGCCCCCCAACCCAACGCACCUGAGCCAGCAGCAAUCUGCUGCUCCUCCUGCUGCUGCUCCUCCUCCUCCUCCUGCUGCGUUCUCCGUGCAACAAGCAGACACGGAUGGAGAAGCAUCAGUGGGGGAAGCAGCAGCAGCUGCUGCAGCAACUGCAGCUACUGCAACUGCUGUCUUUUUCAGAGGCGCACCUGAAGGAGACCAAAGUGUAUCUCCUGCAGCUGCUGCCACGGCUGCCGCUGCUCCUGCUGCUCCUGCUGCUGCAGCAUCAGCAGCAGCAGCAGCAGCAGAGCCUGUGCAUGCACUGCCAAUACUUAAAGUGGUAGCUUUUGCUGAGGAGGUGCCGCAGGUUGUACGAGCUGGGGAAUCUGUGCAUGCAGUGUUGCAUGUAAAGAGUAAAGACGGGGCUUUAUUGACUUCAUUUGAUGAAGCCCUUUACUUUAGUUUCUUCUCUCUAGAAGAAAACACAAAAAAUACAGCGACACCCCAAGAAAUAGACAGAACCUUCUUCACUGGAGCUACCGUUGCAAACGCACACAAAGGUGUUGCAUCUGUGGGGGAUUGGCGUUUCUUUAAGGCGGGACUUUAUAAAAUAAAAGCUGCUUGUGAUGGGUGUCUCUCCGCAUUUUCUGCUGAGCUUCGGGUAGUUAGCAGCAGCUUGUUCGCGCUGCAGCUGCUGCAGCAGCCUGCUGCCAGCAGCAGCGCAGGAGCACCCAUACACCCCGCUCCCGUCUUGCAGGCUGUUGAUGCCUUUGACAAUGUUGUAGAAGAUAUUAAAGGAGAUGUCGCUGUACAGCUUAUUCCCAGCCAAGCACAAACAAAACUAACCACAGUGCAAGGAGACACCCCGAAAGUGAUAGGAGUGCUGCAGCAGCCUUUUAAAAAAGGGAUUGUCUCCUUUCCGGGUCUCUCUGUGGGGACAGCAGCAGAAGGAUAUCGUCUUCGUUUUUUGCUGCUGUCUCCUUCGGUUGGCCGCCCCAUUGAGGUCUUCAGCGAGCCUUUCAAGGUACAAGCAGCAGCUCCUGCUGCGCUGCAGUUCCUGCUGCAGCCCCCCCCAGAAGUUGCAGCAGGAGACACAUUUCAGGUGUCUGUACAGCUCCUAGAUGAGCACGGCAACCCCAUACCCCACAGCCACACCAUCACGCUGAGCGCCAGGAAGGAGACAGAAGAAACAGAAGAGACAGAAGCAGAGACAAAAGGGACGGAAGAGACAGAUCCAGAGACAGAAGAGGCCUCGCAGCAAAUUGAAUUCUUGGGAGCAGCAGACGCAACUGCAGCAGAGACGCAAACAAACUCCGGCAUCGCCACAUUUAAAGAAAUCGCCUUGCCCCCCUCCAAAGACCUUCUUUACCUCAAGGCUGCAUGUACAAGCUGCGAGGGGACAGUGCGUGGGCGCUCUCUGAGCAGCCGCGUGCGGGCGUCUUCUUUUGUAGCAGCAACUGCAUGCGAUUUGCUGCUGGAGGGCAGCAACGACGGCGGAGAUACUUGCACUGUCUCCGUCUCUUUACACAGUCUCCUCGCUGGGGGCCCCACGGCCCCCAUCUCCAUUUCAGUGCUGCAGAUUGAACCUGUCUCCCUUGUGGGGCCUUCGACUGACAGCCCCCUACCUCUCACUGUCUCUCCUGCCUCUCUCGUCUUCAACCCAGAGGAGGCAUCUGUCUCCAAGACGCUGCAUAUCAGAGCGUUGGAUGACUCUGUUGUGCGGUACAGCUCAGAUGUCUCGGAUUGGAGUUCAGGUUUGCUGCUGCAGCACUACCGCGUGCAUUUGCAUGCAGAGUCAGCGGACCCUUUGUGGGGCCCUACAGCAGUUGAGUGGCUGGAUGAACAUUUCUUAGACAUCACAGUUCUUGAAAACGACAAAUUCAAACUCCAAUUUCAACAAACGCAGCAGCAACAGCAACUCCUCAGGCGAGGGGACAAGAUAUCGUACGAGGUCUCUUUGGGGUUCAGCCCCACAGAGGGCCCCGUCAACGUCUCCCUCGAGGCCCCUGUAGGUGUUGUUAUAAGCCCCUCCCGUCUCACCUUUGAGAAGGAAAACUGGAGUGUUCCCCGUCUUGUUCAAGUUCAGACACCUGCAAAGGCUGGGCAAGCAGCAAGCAGCUUCGCCGUCACCCAUCAACUCCAAGGCAGACUGGGGGGUCUUGAAAUUCAAGAAAAAGAAGAACUCAUCUUCUGGGUUGCGGAGGAGGGGAAGGGAAAGGUGGUAUGGGAGGAGGUCCCUGGGGCUGUGCUGGCGGAAACGUCUUUCGUGUUGUCUUUUCGGCUGUCUCUACAGCCUACGGAAAUUGUCUCUGUCUCCUUAAACUGCGGGCCGCUGCUUGAAGCCCUCAGCAGCAGCACUGUGCUACUGACCCCCCUUCAGUGGCACCGAGGCGCGACGUUUCGCUUGCGGGCCAAGGACGAUGGAGAUACGGAGCAGCGGAGCCGCAUGGAGUUUUGUGGGGUGCAGAUGCACUCUGGAGACAGCCGUUUUGUCUCUUCUUCUUCUCCUUCGGAUGAUGAUGAAGAGGGUUCUUCUGUUGUUGCCCUUCGGGUGUAUAAACAGCACUGCGCUGACAACACCUACAAAGCCCGCUGUCCCUGUAUCGCCGGCCAGCAAUGCACCACCGCUCGCUUCUCGCACUGCCCCGCAGGCACCUAUAGGUGA